AUAGGGUUUUGAGGGGACACGUUGGGGUGGGAGUGAGCUUAGAGAGGGACAGAGGGGUUCUAGGGCCACAGGUCGGGGUGGGAGCCAUUGCGGGCUGUUGAGGCAUAGCCAGGAACAGCUGGUCCUGCUCGGUACCACCUCCUUCUCCCUCCCUCUCUGGGACACACUUCAGGAUCACUUCCUGUAGAACCUUGCAGCCAUGUGGCCUCGGUAGCACCUGCACUGUGCCAGGCACUGUGUACAUUAGUCCUCACCGGGCCCCAAUUCACAGAGGAGGAUGCGGAGCUCUGACAGGAAGCUUCUUGCCCAUGGCCAUGAUCUGAAUCCCAAGGCCCCCAUGCUUCUCCCAUUACCUCCCACUGAGAGGGUUCCUGUUCUCUGCGAGCUCUCCCAUCCUGGGGAUCCCCCCCAACAAAGCCCUGGGGAGUGCCCACCGAGGGCAAUACAGGUGGGUUUGGAGGGCGGAGGUAGGAAAAUCCCAGAUGUUGGCAGGACUGGCUUUCUCCAAGACCUGAGUUUCUGCCCCAGCAGCCACCCUCUGGGAUAGCGUGAGGCGGGACUCCUUCCCACUUUACAGAUGCGUAGACUGAGGCCCUGAGAGUCAUGUGGCUAGUCCAAGGUCAAACUCAAGGGAGUGACAGCCUAGGCUGGAAGGUGGUCUCUUCAUUGUCCAACUGAGGCUGGAGGGAGGCUCAAGUCCCUUGAGAUCUGUGCAAAACCUGAGCCCCGCCCCCCCUGCCCCCGACCUCCCCAGGUAGCAGAGAAGCCCAGCCCUGGAGUCGCAGACCUGGUUCAAAUCCUGGUUUUGUCUUUGCAUGAACUGUGUGAUCUGAGCAAGUCAUGAAUUACUCGGGGCUUCGAUUUCCUUAUCUAUAAGAGGGCGGCGAGCUGGCCUCCUUCACUCAGCCAUGAGCAAAUAUUUAUUGAGCACCUGCUGGGAGAAGCAGGGCCCUUCCUCGGGAACUCAGUCCAGAGGUAGCAGCAGCAGUUAUGAUUCCGGUUGUGAUGGAGGAAGUGCAGGGAGCUGUGGGGACCCAUAGGAGAGGCGCCAGCCAGGUGGGUCGGAGAGCAGGAUGGGCAGCGGCUCCCGCAGGACCACGUGGGCCGCGUUCUGGAUGCUGUUGGAAUUUUCCCAGAUCAGCCGCAGCCAACGAAGGCUUUCCAGCAGGGGAGUGCUAUGCCCAGGUUGACGUUCUAGAAAGCUCAUCCUCUGCUGGGUUUGGAGUGGGGAGGUAGGGUUGGAGGUAGAGAGGCAGCAGGAGCAGUGGGGCAGAGGGCCAGCACCAAGGUGGCAGUGGGGGCAGCCGGGCAGGUGUGGCUGCCUCUAACCGGGUCUGGGAACUACAAGAGAAGUGGGGGAGGAGGGGGAAGGGGCCGUGGGAGAUUAGCCCAAUCGUGGAGGUGGACAUGGAUGAGUGAGUUUCAGGUGCCAGGGAAGGGCCCCCCCGGAAGGCUGCUGGGUAUGGUGGUUUGGGUAUAGUCAGCCCAGAGCUGACAUUAGAAACCUUGGUGGGAGGGGGGCGCUGAUGGGCUCUUGGGGUGGGGGAGGGGGAAGCAGGUUUGAGAAGGGCAGUGAGCAGGGACCAGGACAUCAGGGGAGGCCACUGCUUGGCGUACAAGCAGAGGAGCCCGAGGGGACACAGCCUAGGAGGUCUCGGGAAAGCAGAGCUGCAGGUCCCCAGCCCGGGAAGGAGGUGGCGGGGCUUAGGUCUGCGGAGAGAUUUCAGAAGGCGGCGUGUCAGGCUCUGUGCCCUGCACCGUUGCAGAGGAGGUGCCCCGGAGGGUCAGCUCCUGAAUCUUUUCACCCGAAGGCAGAAGCUGAGUUUCUGUCCCUUGCCCUCCUAGGGAGGAGGAGGCUGCAGAGGGGGAAGUUUUCGGGGAAGGAGGACAAGGGAAAAACAUUUGCAUGCAUGACAAGGCUGAAGUGAGAGAGAGAGAAAGGGGGAGAAAGAGAGGAAGAGAAAUUACCAUACACCAGGAUCUUGUUAUUCAAGCUAAUUUUCAAAGGACCACAGCUGUCACACUGAGAUAAUUCGUUAAUUAUAACAGCCAUUGUGCUUUGGCAGUGGGAGAGGAAACCGAGGCCGGGGAACAGGCUGAAGGUGGGGGUGGGAGCAGGCCGCUGGGGGGCCUGGACUUCAGAGAGGGGACAGGGACAGAGGCGAGGAGAGGUGCAUUACCCUCAGUACUGAAAGGAAGACUGCCAGGUCAGGCCCUGUCCCUCCUCACUGUCAUUGUUGCGGUGCAGGCCUGUGCCACGUGCCAUGCACCAGCCUCCCACAGGAGGCAGCUUCCUUGUGUAGUGACUGCCCAGACCCUGCCCAGACCCUGGCCUGUGGCCGUCCCCUCUGCAGCACGCUGAGCUGGUGCCCUUCUUGUCACACUUUACAGAAGAGGAAACUGAGACCCAGGGAGGACUAGCUUGCCAGGACCGGGGGUGAGGUGGCGUAGCCUGAUUCGAGCUGAACAUGGACCCUGCACUUCGGGAGCAUGCUAGGGAGGGCCGGUCUUGGUGGACUGGCCACGUGGAGUUGGCAGACACAGGAGCUGUCACAUAAGAUAGCCUCACGUUCGGCCUGUGGUUUCUGCCCAGCCGGUAGUCCUGGGGUGGCCCUCCCCCGGGAGUUUCCGGGGCUCCGUGGCGACCCCUCUGCGGACAGAGCCUCCUUGUUCUCUGAUGCUGCAGCUGCAGGCCCCCCGUAGCCUCGGAGGCGGCUGUCAGUCUGGGCUGGGCUCUCCCACCUGCUCCAGAGAAAGUGGCGCUCAGGGCGGGGGGAGGGAAUUUGGACUGUCCCAGAUGGUGUCUAUACUGACCGCUUGCCACUGUCUGGUUAGAGGUUGGGAGGUGACAGAAGGUGAAUGGGGUUUCUCAGCUUGGGGCUGGAGGGCCUGGAGGGCUCCAGGACCCUGGGUGCUGAGGCCUGGUAGAGACAGGGGGCUGGGGAAGGCAGGCCCAGGUGAGCAGAGUGAGGGACCCUAAGUCUGUGGGGAGAAGAGUGGGGCCCAGAAGUCAUUCCAGAACCCCCAGGUCCCCUUGAGCUUCAGUGUGGCUUCAGGAACUCAGGGGUCCUGGUGUUCACAGCCUAGAGACAGCACCUAGGCUAGGCCAGCUGGUGGCGUUCUGUGGGGGGUGGGAAUAGUGUCUGGGAGAGGGUACCCCUCAAACCCCAGAAGGACCCCCAAACUUGGCCCAGACAGCGUUGUUGGCAGGGGAGCAGUGGGCCCCAAAGGGCGACAGGUAGGCCUAGGGUGGUCGUGUGGGGGCCCCCUUGGCUUGGGGAGGGGGACUUCUCCCCAGUUGAGCUGCUUGGAGCCAAGGGGAAGCUGUCAGAGAGUCACCAACCUAUAGAGCUGGUGACUCAUGGAGGCCAAGACACAGGAGACUUUUAGGACCAAGCAAGUGACAGAUACACCCUAGAACCCUCAACCCAGACUCCCCGAAUGACAGAUCCACACUGUUGGUGUCCUGGUGCUAAAAUCCAAAAGCCAUGGGUCAGGAGGACAGGGGAUGGGGUUCCAGGUCAGUCAGGGCAGAGUGCAGGAGGCAGGGACUGGGGCAACCCUGGGUCCCUGGCUGAGAGGCUCAUAGGAUUACCCCGACAGGCUGGGGCUCUGCUUGUCUCCAUUCGGGGCUUCCCCCUUGUGGCUGGCCUCAUAAACUCCAGUGUGCAGGGGUCAGCUGGCCACCCAAGCCAGAGAGGCAGGAAGGAGCCUGGACGCAGCCCUUCGGUGCCACUGCCGUCCCUCCAGGGAUGCGGACCCGGGAAGCCAGAUCUUCCCCGUUUCUCAGUGGAUUCCAGAAACGGGGAUUUUUGAAACAAAAUCUGCCAAGUUUUCAAUAUUGGCAACUGAUUUAAAAAAUGUGAAAACCACCACCCAGCUGAGACAGGAUCCCACUGCGUCUCUCGAACAGAGCCCGGGGGCGUGGAGGGUGGAAGCCACUGCACAGCAGCUGUGAGACAUCAGUUUCCUCAUCUGCAAAGUGGGAAUAGUGAUAGUGCUUUUAAGAUGUUUAAAGUUGACUCAGGAUUAAAUGAGUUAACGUGGGAAGUGCGGAGGCCCAGCCGGUGCAAGCACUGAAGACUCUUCACCUUGUCGGAGGCUGCCCAUCCCUCCCCGAGCCACCUCUCAGGGGGCUUCGCUCUCUGCCACUGGAGCCUCCACUUCCCCCUGGGGGCCCCCACAUGCCCUGCCCCUGUCUUGGGACAGCCCUGAGGAUGCUGGAGGGCAGGGAAGCAUUUGCCCCUUGGGACCCUGGAGGAGGAGCAGGCGGAGGAGGCAGAGCUGGGAGGGCGGGCCUAGCCGGUGCCUGGUACAUAGUAGGUGCUCCAUAAAUGUUUAUUGAAUGAAUGAAUGGAGGCCGUGCAGGCAGAGGCAGCCGUGCUGCGCAGGCACUGGUGAAAGAGCGGGUCCAGUGGAGACUGGAACCAGGUGCAGAUGGGUCUCUUCCUUCCUGCCCCCGUCUCUCUCACUCCCCGCUCAGUGCGCGCUCUCCAGCCGCCUAUGGGAAUCGUCUGAAGUUCUGAGCCCAGAAGCCAAGGAGGAAGAGGAGGAGGAGGAGUGAGAGGAGGUCAAUCCCUGAGAACCUGUGCACCUUCUCAGCAGGAGACAAGGAGCCACGCUGUGAGGGGAGCAGGCUGUGGGGCCCCCACCCUUAGCAGGCCUAGUGCCUGCCGCAGCACCCCAGAAGGCCCCCAGCAGUUGGCACUAGCUGUACCCACCUUGCCUGGGGCCCCCGUGCUGGGGGUCGCCCCCAAGAUGGUGACGGCCCCGGGGAGGACUGUACUGCCAGCCUCAGGCUGUGGCCACUAGGCACCACCCCCCCAUGCCUCGCCCUGCCCCUCACUCCGAGGCCCGCGCCAUGCUGCGCCUGGGGUUGUGCGCAGCGGCGCUGCUGUGCGUGUGCCGGCCCAGCGCCGUGCGCGCCGACUGCUGGCUCAUCGAGGGCGACAAGGGCUACGUGUGGCUGGCCAUCUGCAGCCAGAACCAGCCGCCCUACGAGACCAUCCCACAGCACAUCAACAGCACCGUGCACGACCUGCGGCUCAACGAGAACAAGCUCAAAGCCGUGCUCUACUCCUCCCUCAACCGCUUCGGGAACCUCACCGACCUCAACCUCACCAAGAACGAGAUCUCCUACAUCGAGGACGGGGCCUUCCUGGGCCAGUCGAGCCUACAGGUCCUGCAGCUGGGCUACAACAAGCUCAGCAACCUGACGGAGGGCAUGCUGCGGGGCAUGAGCCGCCUGCAGUUCCUCUUCGUCCAACACAACCUCAUCGAGGUGGUGACGCCCACCGCCUUCUCCGAGUGCCCCAGCCUCAUCAGCAUCGACCUGUCCUCCAACCGCCUCAGCCGCCUGGACGGCGCCACCUUUGCCAGCCUCGCCAGCCUGAUGGUGUGUGAGCUGGCCGGCAACCCCUUCAACUGUGAGUGCGACCUUUUCGGCUUCCUGGCCUGGCUGGUCGUCUUCAACAACGUCACCAAGAACUACGACCGCCUGCAGUGUGAGUCGCCGCGGGAAUUUGCCGGCUACCCGCUGCUGGUGCCCCGGCCCUACCACAGCCUCAACGCCAUCACCGUGCUCCAGGCCAAGUGCCGGAACGGCUCGCUGCCUGCCCGGCCCGUGAGCCACCCCACGCCCUACUCCACCGACGCCCAGAGGGAGCCGGACGAGAACUCGGGCUUCAACCCCGACGAGAUCCUCUCGGUGGAGCCGCCGGCCUCGUCCACCACGGAUGCGUCCGCGGGGCCCGCCAUCAAGCUGCACCACGUCACCUUCACCUCGGCCACCCUGGUGGUCAUCAUCCCACACCCCUACAGCAAGAUGUACGUCCUGGUGCAGUACAACAACAGCUACUUCUCCGACGUCAUGACCCUCAAGAACAAGAAGGAGAUCGUGACGCUGGACAAGCUGCGGGCACACACCGAGUACACCUUCUGCGUGACCUCGCUGCGCAACAGCCGCCGCUUCAACCACACCUGCCUGACCUUCACCACGCGGGACCCUGUCCCUGGCGACUUGGCACCCAAAACCUCCACCACCACCCACUACAUCAUGACCAUCCUGGGCUGCCUCUUCGGCAUGGUCAUUGUGCUGGGGGCCGUGUACUACUGCCUGCGCAAGCGACGCAUGCAGGAGGAGAAGCAGAAGUCCGUCAACGUCAAGAAAACCAUCCUGGAAAUGCGGUACGGGGCCGAUGUGGAUGCCGGCUCCAUCGUGCACGCCGCCCAGAAGCUGGGCGAGCCCCCCGUGCUGCCUGUGUCUCGCAUGGCCUCCAUCCCCUCCAUGAUUGGGGAGAAGCUGCCCACCGCCAAGGGCUUGGAGGCCGGGCUGGACACGCCCAAGGUGGCCACCAAGGGCAACUAUAUUGAGGUGCGCACAGGGGCCGGCGGGGACGGCCUGGCUCGGCCGGAGGAUGACCUCCCGGACCUCGAGAACGGCCAGGGCUCCGCUGCGGAGAUCUCCACCAUUGCCAAGGAGGUGGACAAGGUCAACCAGAUCAUCAACAACUGCAUCGACGCCCUCAAGCUGGACUCGGCCUCUUUCCUGGGAGGCGGCAGUGGCAGCGGGGAUCCCGAGCUGGCCUUCGAGUGCCAGUCCCUCCCUGCAGCUGCUGCCGCCUCCUCAGCCACUGCCCCCGGGCCGCUGGAGCGGCCCAGCUUCCUUUCGCCUCCCUACAAGGAGAGCUCCCACCACCCGCUACAGCGCCAGCUGAGCGCCGACGCGGCUGUGACCCGCAAGACCUGCAGCGUGUCUUCCAGCGGUUCCAUCAAGAGCGCCAAGGUCUUUAGCCUGGACGUGCCUGACCAUCCGGCCGCCACAGGGCUGGCCAAGGGCGACUCCAAGUACAUCGAGAAAGGCAGCCCUCUCAACAGCCCAUUGGACCGGCUCCCACUGGUGCCGGCGGGCAGCGGUGGGGGCAGCGGCGGGGGCGGGGGCAUCCACCACCUGGAGGUGAAGCCAGCCUACCACUGCAGCGAGCACCGGCACAGCUUCCCCGCCCUCUACUACGAGGAGGGUGCCGACAGCCUGAGCCAGCGCGUGUCCUUCCUCAAGCCGCUGACCCGCUCCAAGCGUGACUCCACCUACUCACAGCUCUCCCCCAGACACUACUACUCAGGGUAUUCCUCCAGCCCCGAGUACUCAUCCGAGAGCACGCACAAGAUCUGGGAGCGCUUCCGGCCCUACAAGAAGCACCACCGGGAGGAGGUGUACAUGGCCGCUGGCCACGCCCUGCGCAAGAAGGUCCAGUUCGCCAAGGAUGAGGAUCUGCACGACAUCCUCGAUUACUGGAAGGGGGUCUCAGCCCAGCAGAAGCUGUGACCCCCUGCUCCCUGGUGAGGUCGGAGCCAGAGCGCUGGGGGCCCUCUGGGGGAAGGGUCCGGGCGGCCAGGGCGGGGAAGCUGACUCGGGGGCUGAGGCGCAGGAGAGGACGCACACGCAGACCCGCACGCACGCACGCACACACACACCUGACCACCACCCGACUGUGAACAAAACAACAUCUGACAAUAACGGACAGGAAAACAAAGACACAUCUUCCUUAAAGUUUACAAACUGAUACCGAAACCAGUCGUCUUUACUGUGCUGCCCAGGGACUCUGCUGGGGGUUGCAGGGCUGGGGGCCGGCAGGGGGAGGAAGGAAGCCAAGAGAGGGUGUGGGGUCUGGGGGUCUGGGGCUAGAAACAGGUGUGUGGACCAAGAAGGCCAGGGUAGAGAGAGACUGAAGCCCCUCUGGGGCAGAGGGAGGCUCUCCUCCUAAGCUGGGGGUCAGGUCUCUUGAAGAUUUAGCAUUAGACAGGCAUUGGGCAUUGUCUCCCUCCACUUUAGACAGAGGGGGAAACUGAGGCCCGGAGAGGGGAGUUGACAAUCCCAGGGUCACAUAGCAGCUUAGCCUCAAGUCCCUCAACUUCCCAGCCCAGUUCUGUCCCCAACCCCCCCACCCAGCAGCUGCCUUGUGGGAACCCACCUGCCCCAUGCCCAACCCCCGACACCCCCUUCCAACCUGUGGUCCCUUGGGGCUGAGGGACUUGCGAAUCAGGCAGGUGCUUUUUCUUCCUAGAAAGCCACAUGGCAGUGCCCCCAGAGCGUGCAGCUGUGAUUCAGAAUCCUGGGGCGCUGUUGUCCCCUAUGCUAGCACCCGGGAGAAGGGAGAGGGUCCUGUUGAUGGGGAAGGAGCCGAGGCAGGGCGACAUUCCACCAGCCCACUUCAAGUGUCUUCCGUGUGGCCUGGGAAGAGUGGGGCGUGUGGCGGCAGGCCGGCUCCCAGGACAUCUCAGGUGCAGCCCCCGCCCAGCUUCUCUGAUCCUCCGAGACCCCCGCCCACCGCAGAAGUACAGCGGUGCACUGUGAUGUCUGGGGGGCUGCAGGGAGGAGGUGUCGUGGGGACAUCCUGCCCGUCCCCGUGGCCUGCAUCCCCACCUGCCUGACCCCAUCGUGGGAUCUCGGCUCCUGUCUCAGCUGACCAGGGAAGGAGGGCUUUCUCACUCACCCCCUCUCGGCUGCUCUUCGCAGCCUGUCCCCCUGGCCAGAGGGGCUCCCAUGUUUCCAUGGCAAUGGCCACUCCCCUCUUUCUGACCCCCAGCCAACAUCAAACAAAGCACAAACAGUGAGGCACCCUGCUGGUCUGGGAGGGGUAGGGAGCAGGCUGGGUUCGUGGCGCCCCGCCCCCUCCCAGCCAUCCUCUGUUGCCAUGGUAACCCUGUGCCUGGCAGUUGGUGCCCAGAGUGACCGUUGGGCUCUGGGGCUCUCUGUCCAUGUGGGCGGUGGCAGUUGGUGGUGGGGGAGGACCAGCCUGGCAGGAGCUCCUGGGGCCAGCUCUUUUGGGAGGCAAAUCUGGGAUCCUGAGAUUGGGAUCUUAACCAGUCGGGAUGCUGAGGGGCGGGAGUCCAUCAUCCUUCACCUCUGGGUGGGAGCUGGGCCUGUGGGGCGUGGGGAAGCCUGUACUAGCAACUUUGCCCACCUGAUGACGUGCCCCUCGGCUCCCACCCACCUCAGCAUGGGAGGGGGGAUUUGGCUCUCCCCACGCCCCUGCCAGAGACCCCUAACCUUGGGGCUGUGGCCCACAUGGGUUUCCUGAGAUUCGGAGAGUAUGAUUGAGGGGUGAGGGUAGGGGCUGGGGUGGGACAAGACGGGCAGUGUUGGUGGGGAGGGACUGACUGGGAAAGUGAGUGCCAUCCUAGGGGGGGCCCCAACCAUCUUCCUGCUGGGGGCAAGGGGUCCAGGGGGACAGCGGAGGGCUGGGAGGCUCAGGCUCAGCUCAGCACCUCUCUCAUCCCGACUGUGGGGUGAACAAAGCCCAGGGCUCACUUUGGGGGUGACAUUUGCAAAGAAAAGACUGUUCUCCCUGGGGCGAGGAGGGGGGUGCGGCAUGGACGCUUGGAGUAGACCUCCCUCCCCCGGUCCCCCAAACCUGCCCCAACCCCUCCUCACACCCAGUUGGCACAACUGACAACAGCAAACAGGCAGAGAAGCCAGGGGUGUGAGCAAGCAGACCCCCCAUUCUAUUUGCAUGACGAUUUUACUGUAUUUUUCUGAGCAAACAUCUGUCGUGUAUGUGCCAGUUUGUCCAGACUCCCCCGCCCCCUCCCCGACGCCCUCCUUUCCCACAUUGCGUCUGUUAUGAUCUGACGAGCAGCUCUUGAAACCCAGGGAGGGGUCAGCUCUGCAAACACAGACCCAAAACAGGUGCCACCGAGACACAGCCCUGCCCCACCUCCUGCCUCUCUGGGCAUUGGGCCCAUAAGUGCCACCUCCCUCCCUCCUCCAUCUUCCCACUGCCACCUCCCUUUUCCCUAGUUCCUUCCCCUCCUCCGUGCCAGGGAGGGCAGCCCCAGGGAAGCCUCCUUGAGGGUCCAUGUCUGGGUGGAAAGGACUGUCCGUCCAUCCUGCUUGUUCCCAUUUUGCAGAUGAGGAAGUCAGGGCUCUCAGAUAGGGGCCUGGUGACUUGGCCAGCCAGCUGCGGUGGAGGGUCGGUUACACUGCUGAGUAUAGGAGACGAGGAGCUUGGGGCUUUGUGGGGGGCUUCAUGGAGAGGCUGGGGGCUUUGAGAAAGGAACCGUGGGAAGAAGGAGCCCGCCUGGGUGGGCCGCAGGGAGGGUUCCCGGCAGUAGGAGCGGGCGCCUGUCCUUGCCAUUUCCCCAUCCUUCCUGCCUGAAGAUCCCUAUCAAAACCUCAGAUGCUCCAACUGCAGGGACAGGGCCCCGUCUGGAGAGCAGGACCCUCAUACUCCGGGAGGGGACUGGCCUUGAAGACUCAGUUCAUGUGGUUCUUUGUGAGGCAGGGCAGUCUUAAGACUCAGGUCUCUGGCCUCCCCCGCCAGGCCAGACCCCAGCUUUUCAGCUGGAGGAGGGCCCACCCACCUGGAGGCUGGCCUGCAUCUGUGUCCCGCCUCCCGCUCAGGAAGAGUUUUUCCCAGGCAGGAGGGAAGGAUUCACUAAACACGCCUGAACGUUGCCAUCUAGGAGUCUGGUUAAGGUUUGGGUUUGUGAUGGUGAUGAGCAGCACGGUGGAGCUGGGGCAGGCCAGGGGGGCAGACACCCAGGAGAGGAGGGCAGGGGGGCCCGGCGGAGUGAGGGGUCGAGCUAAGCUGGCUGGAGGAAUGUGGGUGCAGCGCCCUGGACCUCUGCGGGGAGGUCUCCUGCCUUGGGCCUGAACGAGGUCACACCUGGGCUUGCCCGUUCCUGGUACCUGUUGGAGACUUACCUCUGAAGCUGUUUCUGGGAAGUAGGGAUGGGCCUGCUCCCUCCUGAAGGGCACAGCUGAUGUGGCUAGCCCUCUGUUGGAGCUCAUGGCCUUCUAGAAGCAAAUUAUGGAGACUGUCAGGAAGACAAGAAAGCCUAGGUGGUGGGGACACCUCUUCACGGGCCCCGGCCUUUCGGCCUCGCUUCUCCCUGCAGCAGGAGUCGUCUCUCUCUGCCUACCAAUGAUCCCUCCCUUGCGCUCCCCUCCUGGGCAGUGUGGGAGGCCCGUGGGGCAGGUCAGGGCAGUGGGGAGGGUGGGAAUAAAAAGACUCACUUGGGAAGGCAGGGCCUGGAUCGCCCCUGAGAGGCUGCAGCGUGGAGUGUCGGGCUGGCCGAAAGUCACCAUGUUCUCAACUGGAAGUUGGUUGCCUUCCCCACCCACCCCCUGGAAAUUUAACAGAGGGGGAGACAGAAGUGCAGAGAAGAAAAGGAGAGGGAAGGAAACUUAGAGUCAAGAAACCUGGCAGUGACAGUGCUAAGGCCAGGAUGGCAUCAGGAAUUAGGGACAGCAGUGACAGGUCCCCGCUUCUGAGGGGUCUAAGUGCAGGGAAGGGACAGACACAAAGCUCCCUGGUGACUGGUGCCUUGCAGAGAAUUAAAAUGGGGUGAUGGGGUGGGGAGGGCCAAAGGUGGUCAGGGAGCAUCCCCUGGGGAUGGGGGGGACAGGGGACCAAGCUCUGAAUGACCAGAGGAGCCAGAAGGAUGGGUGGGCAGGUGUGAAGACGAGCCUGGAGGGAAUGGGGUUGCAGUGGGUGCCUGUCCCCAAGCACCACCUCCAUCCCCUACCACUCUGCCCCUGCCCAUUCCAGGCCCAGCAGGGUCUCGUCUCCAUGAACUUGGCCCGGGGAAGCCGGUGUGAAGGUUGGGGCAAGGCUGCCCCACCGUACUGCCAUCUCUCCUCUCUGACAAGGUGGCUGCUCCGGAGGUGGCUGAGCUCCAGGAGAGGGGCCCUCCUCUAACCCUCAGGCUCAGAUCCUGUCCUGACACACUCCUUCCCUGACUCUGGGUCCUCCCACCUCUAAGACAGAACCAGGGUGCACACUGCUUGCCUCUGGAGGCAGCCUCAGCCCUCACUUAAGGUCAGGCAGUCCUGCAGAGCGGGAAGGAGAGGAAGGGGUCCGGUAGGGUGGGCAGGAUGGUCUGGGCCUCCUUCCUCCUGCCCCUCUGCCACUCCACCCAGUGCAGGGCCCGGCAGGGGAUGGGAGUUCCUGCAGUGUCGGCCACACAGCCCUCUCACCAUCUCUCCCUCCCUCCCACUGUCCCUCCCGCCCUCCUGAGCCACCAGCCCCCAAGUUGGCUGUGGUUGGGCACCUGGUUUGGGUCCUGCAGAGCUGGGCCCCAGCCCUGGGCUCUGAACCUGUGAACCCUUGCUGUGUACGGACCUUUCCUUCCUCUGAGGGCCUUGAACCCUCUCCUUUUCUUCUCUUUUUUUUUUCGGGGGGGGAUUAACUUUAUUUUCUCUUCCCUGUAUCUGCCUCUUCCUCCCCUCAAUUUCCUGUUUUAAAACUGAAUGGCACGAAAUUGUUUUCCUCAACUCGGAGAUUCCUGUAUGGAGAGAAUCAAUUUCUAUAUUUGCAAUAAAUUUCUUAUUUAAAGCUA